AUGUGUACUGAUGGGUCUGCCAUCAGGUGUGGUUCAGUAGGUGUGUCUCCAGUAAGUUGCUCCGGUAGGUGUGGCUCCAGUAGAUGUGGCUCCAGCAGGUGUGGCUCCAUCAGGCGUGACAAGAGGUGUGGCUCAGUAGGUGUGACUCCAGCAGGUUUGGCUCCAGUAGGUGUGUCUCAGUGUGGCUCAGCAGGUGUGGCUCAGUGGGGUGUGGCAUCAGCAGGUGUGACUCCAGCAGGUGUAGCUCCAGCAGGUGUGGCUCCAGCAGGUGUAGCCAGUAGGUGUGGCUCCAGCUGGUAUAGCUCCAGCAGGUGUGGCUCCAGCAGGUGUGGCAUCAGUAGGUGUGACUCAGUAGGUGUGGCUCCAGCAGGUGUAGCUCAGUAG